UUCUUUUUUGGUUUUUUGACAAGGUCAAUGUUCAAGCGAGUAUUUUUUCAAGUUUCUCGCUAUUCAACCAAAGCAACCACUCCUUUUGCUUUACAGUCAAGUAGAAUUACACCUCCCCUUGAAAACAAACUAAAGCUCUUGUCCGAUCGCCAUGACAACCUACUGACUCAACUCAAUGACAACGGUUUGAAUCCAGCAGAUCUUACACAGGCUUCAAAAGAACUUGCUCAACUUACAGCUCCCAAGUCUUUAUUUGAAGAAUGGAUGAAGCAUCGUUGCGAUCUAACUGAACUCCAUGAUCUCUUGUCUACCAAUACCACUGAUGAUGACAUGAUUGAUAUGGCAAAAGAGGAAUAUACAGAUAUUAUGGAUCGCAUUCAACAGUUAGAAAAAGAACUGAUUACUGAAUUAGCACCUAAAGAUGAAGCAGAUGAUGCUAGUGCCAUCUUAGAAAUCCGAGCAGGUGCAGGUGGUGAUGAAGCUUCUAUUUUUUCAGCCGAUAUGGCCAGAAUGUAUGAGCGUUUUGCACAGUUACAGCGUUGGAAAUGGGAAGUAUUGGCUCGAUCAGAUGAAACUGGAAAUAAGGGAUUUAAGGAUAUUACAGUCAAUAUUGGGGGUAAAAAUGUAUUUGGUCUGUUGAAAUAUGAAUCUGGAGUCCAUAGAGUGCAACGUGUUCCUGCCACAGAAGCACAAGGAAGAAUUCAUACAUCAACAGUAACCGUGGCUAUUUUACCACAACCAACUGAAGUUGAUGUUCAAAUCAAAGAGAGUGAUUUAAAGAUUGAUGUUUAUCGUGCCUCUGGUGCUGGUGGUCAACAUGUCAACACAACAGACAGUGCAGUCCGUAUUACACAUAUGCCAACAGGCUUAGUGGUGGCUAUGCAAGAUGAACGUUCACAGCAUAAAAACAAAUUGAAAGCACUGAAGGUGUUACGUGCCAAAAUCUAUGAACAAGAGCGUCUCAAGACACAAAAUGAACGUAGAGAUUCAAGAAAUGCUCAAAUUGGCAGUGGUGAUCGUUCUGAAAAGAUUCGAACCUACAAUUAUCCUCAGAAUCGUGUAACAGACCAUCGUAUUAACUUGACACUUUAUGAGCUGGAACAAAUCAUUUCUGGCGAAGCAUUGAUGCAUAUUAUUGAACCUUUGCAGGAGCAUUAUUUAGCAGAAUCUUUAUUAGAGGAAUAAAAUAAAAUAAAUUAGACUGGCU